GUUAAUGUUGAUUUUGAACGCAGCCCAAUCGGUCUGCUGCCGCUUCACCUCUACGUCAUUUCCGUCUCACAACCUUCUCCGAGAGUUUUGUCUAAGAUGGCGUCAAUGCAGUUAACAGAUGAGGAGCUUUUCUCCGAAUUAAAGCGCUUUGGUUUCACUCCAGGCCCUGUUACCGAAAACACACGCCCGGUGUAUUUGAAGAAACUGAAGAAGCUUCGCGAGGAGCAACAGCAGCGGGGCUCCAGACUGGGUAAAACCCGUAGCAGCGGGGCCAUCAACACUACCACUGGCGGCGGCAACAAGUCCCGCCCAGCCAGUCAUGACGUCACGCACCUGAGCUCUAGCAGGAGACCGGACCGGAAGUCUUCUGUCCUCGGCUUCAGCUCCGACGAGUCGGACGUCGAAAUUCCACUGAAACGAAAGGGCCUCAGCCACAGCGUCAGGGUAGACCGAAGUCCCAGUUCGUCACAGCAACCGAAGACAAGGCCAGUUACAGCAGCGAGUGUGGCUUUCAAGAAUGAGUAUGAUGCUGGGAGUACCCUGAAUAGCAACAAUUCUUCCCCGGGUCCAGAUGGACAGAGAAAUGUUUCGCUCGGCUGGAGAGUUCGUGCCAGAUCCAGCUCUGAGGCGGAAGGGAGGGAAGACGAGGAAUCAGAAGGCGAGGACGAUUAUAUGGGGGAAACGGAGAAGAACUCGCGAUCUUUAAAUGGUUGUGGGGGGUCUAACUUGAACACUAGCAAGCUAGCAGGGGAUUACUCCGACUCUGACGAGGAGGUGCUUGGGGGCUUUGGCGCCCGACACCGAAAGCUGGAUCUGUUGGAACCCAGACGGAGCCACCCAAAAGCGUCGUUCUCUUCCCGCGGAGUUGGCCGAGGUUCUCAGACGGGUGGGGCAGCCAGAGAGGUUAACCCGCCUGGCAGUCUAAACAUGGUGCGACGAUGGAGGGGGGAGGACGAGGAAGACGAGAUAAAGAGAAGGGACACGGGCCCAUCGGGAGGCUUGCGGGGCCACUACUUUCCCAAGAAGCCCAUCUACGUGUCCCUCAACGACAACCAUCGAGGAGAGGCCGGCAAAAACAACCACGUCGACAGCGAGGAUGGAGCUUCCAGAAGCAGCACGUUCAGCAUUGGUUUGAGACCGCGCUUCUCCAACUACAGCAGCCUGUCCCAGACCUACAGGGGCAACCACUCCAAUCACAGCGCUCCCAACCACUCAUACAGCCAGGCCCUGCUGAAGCAUAAGCUCUCUGCACCGGAGGAGGAGCUGCUCCAGCAGUUCAAAAGAGAAGAAGUGGCUUCCUCUGGCAACUUAUUUAGCGCUCACUACCUGUCCUGGUUCUUGCUCAUGGCAGCCUGCCUCUUCUUCCUGCUGCUGGGCCUCAUGUACCUUAGGAUGAGGGGCUCUGGAUCAUCUGAGGUGGAUGGAGUCAUUAAGAGCCAUCCUUUUGGCAAUGAGUUUGAUGCUACAUAUGACAAGGCGGAGAAGGACCUGAUUCUAAAGCUACUGCUCAGCCUACAUGACCACCUGGCCCACAUCGCUGGCCAGCAUGACUGUGGAGACCAGAAGCAUCCCAACAGGAGUCUGUCCAUAGACGAGGCCUCUGCAUAUUUACUGACUCAGAAUUGGGAGUUUGAAAAUCUGACUCAUACUUCUCUGGAGUGGAUCAUCAGGACAGGCCGGGAUGUUGGGAUAAGGCUGAUUGGGCAGGGAGCUGACGAACCAGUGACCGACGUGUCCGAGAUCUCGCGGCUGGAGUCCACACAUCCAAAGAUGCCCUUUGCUUGUCGCUUCCGCCGAGCGUUCUUCACCGUCAUCAGCAGAGUCUUCCUCAUUGCAGCUGUGGUAGGCUGUCUGUGGGGUGUGGUCUGCUACAUGAAGUAUCGCUGGAGGAGACAGGAGGAGGAGACCAGGCAGAUGUAUGACAUGGUGGAGAGGAUCAUCGAUGUGUUGAGGAGCCACAAUGAGGCUUGCCAAGAGAACCAGGACCUGCAGCCCUAUCUGCCCAUCCCCCAUGUCAGAGACUCCCUGGUUCAGCCUCAGGACCGGAAGAAAAUGAAGAAGAUUUGGGAUCAGGCUAUGCGCUUCCUCUCAGCUAACGAGUCCAGAAUCCGAACAGAGACCCAGAGGAUUGGUGGAGCAGACUUCCUGGUCUGGAGGUGGAUCCAGCCUUCUCUCAGUUGUGACAAGUCCUCCUUGAUGCCCUCCAAAGUCUGGCAGGGGAAAGCUUUCCCUCUGGACCGGAGGAAUUCACCUCCCAACAGCCUGACUCCAUGUCUGAAGAUCAGAAACAUGUUUGACCCAGUCAUGGAGGUUGGGGAGAACUGGGAUUUAGCCAUUCAUGAGGCUAUCCUGGAGAAGUGCAGUGACAAUGAUGGCAUCGUGCACAUCGCCGUUGACAAGAACUCACGAGAGGGCUGUGUCUAUGUGAAGUGUCUCUCUGCAGAGCACUCAGGGAAGGCCUUCAAGGCACUUCAUGGUUCCUGGUUUGAUGGUAAGCUGGUGACGGUGAAGUACCUGCGUUUGGACCGAUACCACCAGCGCUUCCCGCAGGCGCAGGGCUGCAGCACACCCCUGAAGGCCUCCAGCCUCCACCUGAACACCAUGAGCAUGAUGAACACUACACCCUGUCUGCAGCACCACAGCUCAGCCAACUCUUCAGGCUUCUCAUGAGAUGACCGUGAGCCUGAGCGCCUCCUCCUGCGUGUCCUCCCAGCAUCACAGCACCAGUCUGCUGCUGCUCCUUCACUGCUUUAUAAAGGGGGAGACUUCUGUUUGUGUUGUGGGAGAUUUUAUUUUUUGUUGUUGUUUUCAACACAGGAUCUUUGCAAGAGAAACUGUUCAGCAGUAGAGUGUUUUUUUUUCUAUAAUCUUUGUAUUAGAAAUGACAUGGAGUUAACAAGGAAGUUUUUUGGGGAUAUUUAAGAUGCGCGCAAAGACUCUGACCCUCCCUCCUCUUCCACAGUCCAACUGGUGCCAUGACCAAGUUCAUCUGGGCACUGAUGUGGCUGCAUGGUUUGGAGUAUACCCCUGUGUAAGCUUUCAAAACAACCGGUGUGGGUGUUGAUUUCCUUAAAAUGUUCAAUGUACUUAUUCUUUUUUUGUCAAGUGAGGAGGGCAUGAACAGACUUGUAGAGGGUGUGCUGUAAAUACAUGUGAAAGGUGGCACAAGCUUUACCACAUCCUCUGUAUUAAAAGCAAAUUAUAAGCUCACAUUUUUCUUGCUGCUCACUUAGCCACAGCAGAGUACAUCCGUAUCCAGAGGUUGCAGUAGCACAGAUAUACACAGAACAGUGAGGAGGUUGACUCAACCACUGUGUUUGUUGUUUCCUCAGUGUAUUUUGUGUAUGGCCUUGAAACUCUGUCCUUGUUUUUGUUAUUGUAUCCUGCAAUGCUCCCAAACUUUUGAGCAAUAUAACAGAAUCAGGGAGUGUACACCUGAAGCUUUAUUCUGCAGAUUUAAUCCAAUAUAUUCACAAAUUACUGUUAUCACUUAUAUUUAUUUACCUCUUUCAAGCGAGGUAAUUUUUCCUGUUGGUGCGUCCCCUCAUUGAAUUGGAUUUCUCUUGUGAACAGAUGCUGUGUAUUGUCAUCUCUCUUUGUACAUGACCAACAGACCACAAGAGCACACUGAUAUCAGGAUGUGUCAUGUCCAGUCUGUGCUCCUCUUACCUUGGUGAUCCAGUUGAUGGAACCUGUGUCACUACCGCUCUUUGAUUACAGUACAUCACCCUCUUGUAAUGAUGCUGUCACUGUUUUGUCCUUACUAAGGAGGCAGUGUGAGGAUGUCAACAGUGUGUAAUACUCCAUUCCAAAUAUUCCUUUCUGUAAGGAGACUGAAUACUGGGGUUCCUGAUUGCUUCUGUUUUACAGCAUCUGUGUAUUCAGAGAAUGCUAAAAAAUGCAGGAGUUGCUAUACAUAUUUUUAUUGCAGUGAAUUGACAGUAGGAUUUCGUAUUUGCAGUGUGAAUUUACAAAUGAUGCACAUUUCAAAUGAUCAAGACAACCCAACAGUGCCUUACAUUUGUGCUUUUUUUAAGACCAGCACUGCAUUACUGGAGAAUGUACUGGAUUUAAGAAAGAGAAAGGGAGAGUUAGGCCUGCCAUAGAUGUAGUUUGCUAGUUUCCUUUGAUUUGAAACCAAAUGCUUCUCUUUAUUUAUUUUUUAAACAGCCAUGGUGAUGUACUAUUUUAAUGUCAUACGACCUGUUACAUGUCAUACCUUUUUUUUUCUUAAAGGAUUGACCUUACAUCCACUUCCAAACAGUUGUCAGGAUGUGUAAAACAACAAAAUAAAGUGAACCCUUUCAGAAAUAAGACAGUUGUUAGUGCAUCACUAUAAUCUAUUUUUGUAUGUUUCCAGCAGAAUGGUGCACCUGCAGCAUCUCAAUGAGGCUAAAUGUAAAUACAACCUCAUGGAUGCAUUCUUUUCCUCUGUAUUUUAUGCAAACAUUGUACAUUGAUAUAACUAAUGUGCCAUUAUAUGCAGCUUUAUUUUCGGUGUGUUAUUUGUUUGGAUUUACCAUUAUCUCUAACCUGCAAGCCAGAGGUGGGAGGUAUACAGUGCAAGACAUUUUAAAAGAUUUGUUUUAAUGUAAUUUCUCAAUUGUACAAAUGGCUCAAAUUAAAGA